AGGGAAGCAGAAGAAGAAGCUCAGUCGGCGGCCGGAUUAAUCUCCCCAUCAUCUCUCUCUCUCCCUCUCUCUGUUCCUAUCCCGGCGAAUUCAUAUCUGAAUUUCCCAAAAUUCAAACUUUUCCGGUGGAAUUAUUUUAGGAAACCAAGUGACUUCUUAAGCUCCAAAAAUUGGGUAUUUAAUGGCGGCGAGCGCGAACCCGUCGGGGAACAAUCAGGAAGGUUCGUCGGCGACGCAGAAGGUAUCGUCUUCUUCAGCGGCGGCGGCGAAUGGCGCUGCUGUGAAUUCCGUCGAUAAUGGUGGAAAUACAGGCGCGGCGGCGGAUAAUUCACAGACGAUUGGCGCGUUGAGGCAUAAUCCAGGGAUCUCUACCGAUUGGACUCUUGAGGAACAAUCUCUAUUGGAAGAUUUGCUUGUCAAGUACGCGACAGAACCGUCGGUUUUUCGAUAUGCGAAGAUUGCUAUGAAAAUGAAAGAUAAGACUGUUCGAGAUGUUGCCCUGCGCUGUAGAUGGAUGACUAAAAAGGAAAACGGAAAGCGUAGGAAAGAAGAUCAUUCCUCGAGGAAAAGCAAAGAUAAGAAAGAAAAAGCUACAGAUUCUUCAGCCAAGUCCUCAUCUCAUUUGAAUGUUCAUCCUAAUGGUCCUUCUUAUGCUCCGCCUAUGAUGCCUAUCGAUACUGAUGAUGGUAUUUCAUAUAAAGGUUUGUCUAAGAUUCUAGGCUUUUUCCAUUUAAAGGCUAAAUCUUCUAGAUUGGAUUAGAAGGAGCAUAAGUGUUUCGGCUUUAUUGCAGCUAUUGGUGGUGUGAGUGGAGAUCUUCUCGAGCAAAAUGCUCAAAUGUUCAAUCAACUUUCAACAAAUUUCUCAGCUUUCCAGCUACAUGAGAAUGUCAAUAUCUUGUGCAAAGCUCGAGACAAUAUCCUUGCAAUCUUGAACGACUUGAAUGACAUGCCAGAAGUUAUGAAGCAGAUGCCACCUCUUCCGGUGAAGUUGAAUGAGGAGCUGGCAAAUUCGAUCCUCCCUCGCCCAUCCCAUCAAAGGAAGUCAUGAUCGAGGCGAUAGAUGGUUGGUUCUGACCAAGGAGUCUCUUUAAUCCGGGAUCAAUGAAGAAAGGAAUAAAUCGCGGGAUAGAGAGAGAGCUCCACUCGUACUGGUUGAUAGAAUGAGGGGUUUCCCCUGACUCAUAGAGUUAUAGUCUCUUUUUACAAUUUCCGUCAGUCUCUGAAUGUUUUAGCAAAUGGUUAAUUGAUACAUGAGUAGGGUCGCGUAUCGUUGUUUAGGAUGUGAAUAGAUUUCAAUUGGUAUGGUAUAAGUCUCUCUGUAUAAAAUUGGUAUCAAGCUGAAAGGUUUGAGAUUAGAAAGGGCCUAUAUCCUAAUGAUGCACACCCGUGAUGCAUUUCUCUCAUACAACCCCUUUUUUAGAAUGAAACGAAAGUA